AUGCAUAAUGAACAUAUAUAUAUGGAACUGGGACAGAAACUGUCAAAAUAUUGUCCAAAAGAGUGGAAACGGGAAGCCAGCAAGGGAAUUGACCAGUUUGGACCUCCAAUGAUUGUUCACUUCAGAGCACAGUAUUAUGUUGAAAAUGGAAGACUUAUCAGCGAUCGCAUGGCACGGUAUUAUUACUACUGGCAAUUGCGGAAGCAGGUACUGCAGUCUCAGUGCAUCCAGAGAGAAGAGGCUUAUUUCCUUCUGGCUGCAUUUGCGCUGCAGGCUGACCUGGGAAACUUCAAACGGAACAAACACUUUGGUGCCUAUUUUCAGCCAGAAGCUUAUUUCCCCUCCUGGGUAAGUCUGCACAGCACCCCAUUAAACUACUUCCUGAUGAAUCAUUAUGCUGAUCAAGCUUGUUAAACGUGUGUUUGCGCCGACCGCCCUCUGUGUGUGGUUUAUGGGCUGCACUGUGUUGUCCCUAAAUAUUCAGCAACAUUGAAUAGAGCUUUUUGUAAAGACGACAACAAAAACAACAACAAAAAAUGUUUUAUUUAUCAGUGCAUGUAGGGGAUUGAUGUUAAAAAUAGUUGAACGCUUUUAGACAGAAUCUUUGGUGCGUUAGCUUCAGGCUUGCUGAGCUGUGCUAUUAUCUGGACACACAUGGUGUGAGGCGCUCCUUCUCUGCAGGAUGGUGCAGUCAGAGAUAGGCUGUGCAGAUCACAGAGACUGCUGACAGCACUGCUGAGGAUAUUCAUUCGUGUUC